AGCAACACGGUUCCGACUCAGCUCGUCAAGACGGAGUUCGCAAAGCCACGUGGCGCGAAGAGGGGGAGCUUGAUGAACCGGCGAGGAGUUCAGAGGUUCCGGCAGGCGCUGAUCUCGACCGUGGGAUCGGUCAAGAUUAAGCUCGUGCUCGGAUUCUGCAUCGGUUUUACUCUCAUCGCGCUUGCCGGCCGUGCGUCGGGGUUUAUGGGGUGGACGAGUCACAGUGCCUCUCUGGAACGGUACUCCGGUUCGAGCAAAGGAUAUGCUAUUGUAAUGAACACAUGGAAGAGAUACGAUCUUUUGAAGCAGUCUAUUUCUCACUAUUCCAGAUGUCCUCGGCUUGAUUCGAUACAUAUUGUGUGGAGUGAGCCGAGUCCUCCUUCAGAUUCUCUGAAAAAGUUUCUUUACCACAUUAUAGAGUUGAACACUAGAGAUGGGAGACAAGUUAAGUUAAAGUUCGACAUCAAUAAGGAAGAUAGUUUGAACAACAGGUUUAAAGAAAUUCCAGACUUGGAAACGGAUGCUGUUUUUUCUAUUGACGAUGAUGUCAUAUUCCCAUGCUCUUCUGUUGAAUUUGCUUUUGAUGUUUGGCAAAGUGCAUCAGAUACUAUGGUUGGCUUUGUGCCUCGUAUGCACUGGGUUGAUCCCACGAAUGGUCAUAUGGAUCAUUACAUAUAUGGUGGAUGGUGGUCGGUUUGGUGGACUGGUACAUACAGUAUGGUACUGUCUAAGGCAGCCUUCUUCCACAAAAAGUAUCUAAAACUCUAUACAAAUGAAAUGCCAGCAUCAAUCAAAGACUUUAUAACCAAGAACAGGAACUGUGAAGACAUUGCGAUGUCUUUUCUUGUAGCAAAUGUGACUGGCGCUCCUCCUAUAUGGGUUAAAGGUAAGAUAUUUGAGAUUGGAUCAACUGGAAUCAGUAGCAGUGGAGGCCAUAUUGAAAAAAGAACCCACUGUGUUGAUAGAUUUGCUGCUGAGUUUGGGCGGAUGCCAUUGGUACCUACUUCUGUGAAAGCUGUUGACAGUCGCAAUAUCUGGUUUUGGUGAUUUCAUAAUAUCUGGUUUUGGUGAUUUCAUAGCUUUACAUUGUGUUUGAUCAAAUCGCUGGGAGAUUUUCCAGUCUUUGAGUUCUGGCAUUCCUAUAGGCUAUAACUCUCUAUGCUUGUUGGUUCCUGAGUUGUAAUAUUGCAUCCCACAAUGUUAGUGACAGUAGCUAAUUUUGCACGUCCAUAUUAGGUCGAUUUCUUGUAUCAUUACCGUGUAACACGAGGCAGUUAGAUAGGAUUUUUCCAAGUCUAACUUGCACCAGAUUGUAGAACAUAUCUUGCUCAAGUACCCCUGGAGUAAUUUUUGUGUCCAGAUAUUAUAGUUAGAGAUUCAAAAUAGAAUCACUUCCUACAUGUCACUUUUUUU